UUACCUUGACCUGGCAAACAGGUGGCGAGUAGAGGAGGCAGGUGACUGACCGCAAGCGCUUGCUUUUGUCUGUCUGAGCCUCGCCUCAGUGUUACACCAUGUGGAUCAAGAAAACUAACCUGGUGAUUUACUCCAGUCACUUUCUGUCAUGUUGGGGCAACCGUAUGUGGUACUUUGGGAUGGGAAUGUUUCUGGUGCGGAUUUCGAAUGAUCUGCAGCUUCCAGCUGCAAGUGGCCUAGCCACAGGGUUGACCAUAUUUUUCCUGGGGGCCUUAGUCGGUCAUUGGGUGGACUCCACUCCUCGAUUUAAAGCUGCUCAGCUGUCCUUGGUGCUACAAGAUGCCAUCACGCUGGUCACAGCCGCCCUCAUCUUCGCCUACUUCUGGUAUCAGCAGCAGAUCGACGCGGCGGAGCCCUGGCUCCCACUGCUUCUCAAAAUCAUCAUUGUGGUGCUCGGAGUGCUGUCGGCACUGUCAGCGCAGGCCCGACUCUUGGCUGUGGAGCGAGACUGGGUUGUCGAGAUUUGUGGUAAAGAUUUGGACAUGCUGGCGACAAUGACAGCGAUGUUAAGGCGCAUAGAUCAGGUCAGCGCUAUUCUCGCGCCCAUGGCCACAGGGCAGGUCAUGACCUUUACAGGCCUGAGGUAUGGAGCCGUGCUGAUCGCUGGCUGGAACGUCGUCUCCGUGUUUGUCGAGUUCUAUCUCAUGUGGAAGGUGUACAACACGGUUCCCGCUUUAAAAGCGAAAAAGCACGAGAGACGUAUUCUCGAUGAACCGCACGAGAAGGAACUGGAAGAUCCAAUGAAAAGCACUUUUUCAAGGGAGGACAUUAACUGGAACAAUUCACAGGAAUCUAAAACUUCUUGCAGUGUCACCGAACGUUCAACGACGGAAGCGGAAAUGACGAAAAAAGACGGCAACAUGCGCGAAGAAGGUGAACAACGGUGGAUGCGAGCGGUGCUGGUGAGCCAUUUCGUGACUCUGUACCGAGGCUGGCGGAAGUACAUCCGCUACAGAGUGGCCCUCCCUGGAAUGGCUCUGGCCUGCUUGUACCUGACAGUGCUCGGCUUUGACAGCAUCACCAUCGGUUAUGCUGCGACCCAAGGACUGUCCGAAUCUAUCCUGGGGAUACUUUCUGGAUGUUCUGCUGUGUUUGGAAUCAUGGGCACAUUUGCCUACCCUAUCAUCAGGCGUCGGGUGGGUCUUGUACGCACCGGUAUCAUCGCACUCUCCUGCCAGGUGUCAUGCCUGACCUUGUGUGUUGUGUCCGUUUGGAUGCCAGGGAGUCCCUUUGACCCCUUCAAACAGAAGAUAAUGACCCCUUGCGAAGCUAUGAGCAGCUUGUCUACUACAACGGACAGUGAGGUGACCCACACUUUCAAGAACCUGGUCUUAACAACUGAGGCGGCUGACUUGAAUCUGACAGCAGCGCCGUCUGGUGUCGACACCACAGUCAACGUCACAUCCUGUGGCAUGUCGGCAAGCUCGGGCCCUGGUUCCUAUGUAUCAGUUGCGUUCCUCAUGGCUGGAAUAUUUCUGGCAAGAUUCGGGCUGUGGGUCGCUGACCUCAGUAUCACCCAGCUGUUCCUGGAACACGUAGAGGAGACUGAGCGAGGGCUUGUCAACGGCGUGCAGAGUUCUCUGAACCAGCUGAUGGACCUCUUCAAGUUCGCUCUGGUCGUAGUUUUACCAGCCUCAGAGACCUUCGGCUUCCUCAUCAUUAUCUCCUUCGUCAGCGUCUUCACGGGAUGGCUGCUGUACGCCAUUUUCGUGCGGCGUGAGACAGGGGCCUGCCUGUGCCUUAGCCCUCCAUCCCGCAUGCAGGCACCUGACCCCGAACAGCUGUGAUUCGUACCGGGCUGGUUUUCCUGCCCAUGAUAAUUAAUACUCAAAGCAUCUCUAAAGACCUUAUCUGGCUAUAUUUAUCUAGUCGAACUGAAUUGUAAGCACCCAGGGGAAUUUACCAGCGAAGGGUCGGGUUACUGGUGCAGUAGUGAGGAUGAUGGAGGUUAAUAAAAGACACAUAUAUGUUGAUCAGUUUGAUCAGGAAGGUGAGUACCACCACAAUGAGAUGAAGUAUUCCUAUGUUCUACCCGUUCUGUGGACCACAUCCAGCGCCUGUCUAAGACAUGCCGAAAGGUAACGAAUACACGAACUUUCAAAAAAAAAAAAAAAAAAAAAA